AUGCCACUCGCCCGCUCCAAUGAUCCUCUGGUCUGGAUCGACUGCGAGAUGACGGGCCUGGACCCGGAGAACGACACCAUCCUCCAAAUCUGCUGCUUCAUCACAGACGCACAGCUCCAACUCCUCGAGCCAAACGGCUUCGACGCAGUCAUCCACCAUCCCGACUCGGCCCUCGACACCAUGUCGGCCUGGUGCAUCGACACCCACGGCCGCACGGGCCUAACCGCCGCCGUGCGGGCCUCAACGACCAGCGCCGCCGACGCGGCCAACUCGCUGCUCGAGUACAUCCAGCGGCACGUCCCCGCCCCACGCACGGCCUUGUUGGCGGGCAACAGCGUCCACGCCGACAAGGCGUUUUUGGCUCGCGGGCCCUACGCAAAGGUGCUGGAAUACUUGCAUUAUCGGAUUCUGGAUGUGAGUAGUGUUAAGGAGGCGGCGCGGCGGUGGGGGAGUGAGGCGUUGUUGGCGAUGGUGCCUGGGAAGAGGGAGGUGCAUUUGGCUCGAGAUGAUAUUUUGGAGAGUAUUGAGGAGAUGCGCUUUUAUCGGGAGAAGUUGUUUGGAUAG